UCUUAUUGCAACAGUAAAAAAUAAAAAUGAGUCUUUUCAUGUUCUAUCCUCAAUCACAUACACAAUUCCAACCCUAUGAAAAUAUUGAGGUAUACCAAUCUGAUAACAUAAUUAUGCAAGAAGCUAUUGAAAGGGAACAGAAAAAUGAUUAUCAUUAUGUCAAUGUGCAAAAUAAUAAACUUUCAAGAAAUAUUUAUAACAGCAUUUCAAUCAAAGUAGCUAAACGUUAUUGCAUUCAGCCUCCAAUUUUGCAAGCAUGUUUUAAUGGAAAUGCUGAUGAAAUACGCUCAUUGAUUGAAAGAGGAGCAGAUGUAAACUACCAGGAUUCUGAAAAACGCACCCCCCUUCACGCUGCAGCACACUGUGGAGAAGUUGAAUGCCUUAAGGUUCUUUUAUCUCACGGUGCUAAGGUAAAUGUAAAAGAUUCCAGAUGGUUGACACCUUUGCAUCGAGCUUGUGCAUCUGGGAGUGAGUCGUGCAUUCGUAUAUUAUUGGAGCAUCAAGCUGAUGUUAACUCUCGUGAUAAAAAUUGGCAAAUUCCUCUUCAUAUUGUUGCUGCUCACAAUUAUCUUCCUGCAGCUGAUGCUCUCCUACCUCAAGUUAGCAAUGUUAACAUAACAGAUAGGGCUGGUCGAUCAAGUUUACAUCAUGCUGCCUACAAUGGGCAUGCAGAGAUGUUGACUUUGUUAUUGUUUCGUGGUGCAAAUAUUAAUGCUACAGAUAAAAAAGAUAGAAGACCUAUACAUUAUGCUGCUUUUAUGGGUCAUUCAGAGAUAAUUCAUAGAUUAGCAAGUAAUAAUGCAGAUUUGAAUUGUGCUGAUAAAAAGGGUUACACUCCUCUUCAUGCUGCAGCAUCUAUGGGUCAAGCUGAAGCAUUAUCUGAUCUUUUAGAUCUUGGAGCAAAUGUAAAACUUCAAACCAUGGCAGGAAAUACUGUAUUGCACAUUGCUUGUUUAAAUGGACAAAGCGGCAUUAUUGUUGAUUUGAUGUUGCACGGAAUGGAAAUAAAUGCAGUUAAUCACAAAAUGCAGUCUGCAUUGCAUAUGGCUUGUGCAAGUCAUGCUGGUGGGGCAUGUAUUGAUUUGUUACUUCAAAAUGGUGCUGAUCCAAAUAUGGCGGAUUCAUUUGGUCGUACAUCCAUUCAUAUUUGUGCUGUACAUGGUCAUGUAUCGCGAGUACGUUCACUUAUUGAGAAAGGUGCAAAUAUCAAUGUGCUUGAUAAGAAUGGAAAUUCACCAUUACAUUUGGCUGCUAGACAUGGUCAUGAGUUGUUUGUACUAGAAUUAUUAAGCAAUGGAGCAAACCCAUUUGAGCGUGGAGAGGAUAGCAUGACUGCAUUGCAUAUGGCAGCGUUAGGUGGCUAUACAGGAUGCUGCCGUACACUAAUUGCAAAUGGAUGUAAUGUAAAUUCUAUUGAUGGUAAUGAUCGAACUCCAUUGCAUUGUGCUGCAUGUUCAGACAGUCAUGAAUGUUUACAAUUGUUGCUCAAACAAGGAGCUGAAUAUGACCUUUCUGACAAGCUUGGUAGAACACCAUUACACUAUGCUGCAGCAUAUAUAAACCAUAAAUGUGUUAAAUUUCUUUUGGCAAAAGGAUGUGUUGUUGACAAGCAAGAUACGUGCGGCUGCUCUCCUCUACAUUAUGCUUGUGCUAAAGAUAAAGAUGGAUUAACUGUUGAACUUCUUUUGAAAAAUGGAGCUGAUGGAAAUAAACAAGACAAGCGAGGUUUUGUUGCACUACAUUAUGCAGCACUAAAUGGACAUAAAGGAACAAUUCAGAUGUUAUUAGAUGUUUUUGAAGAAAAAGAAAAAGUUGGCAAAAAGUCUGAUACAGUUACAUCCCUUACAACUCCUUUGCAUUUUGCAGCGUUUUAUGGUCAUGAGCAAGCAUUAUCUGCUCUUAUGCCUCAUUAUAAAAAUCUGAAUGCUAAUGAUGAUAAUGGUUGUACUGCACUUGAUUUGGCCUCAUAUGCUGGUCACACAGGCUGUGUAAAUCUACUGUUAGCAAGUGAAAGUCAGACUGAUGUUUUAGUUUAUUCACAUAAAUCCAAAAGGACAGCUUUGCAUGCAGCAGCAUACAACGGACAUACUGAAUGUUUAAAGUUACUUCUCAAAAAUGCUGAAGCUGAAGGAGUUGUAGAUUGUUUGGAUGGCCAAGAUAGAACGCCACUUAUGUUAGCUGUUAUGAAUGGACAUAGAGAUAGCGUAUUAUUUUUAUUAGAACAAUCAGCUAAUCCUAAUGCUGUUGAUGUUAAUGGGAUGACUGCAACUCAUAGAGGAGCUAUAUGUGGUCAUGAAGAAUGUGUUGAUGCACUGCUUAAUGCUGGGGCUGAUCCAAAUGCUAGGGACAUUCAUGGUCGCACACCUAUAAUUUAUUCAGCUAUAUGUGAUCAUAUUGGUAUUCUUGGUACAUUGAUCCAAUCUGGUGGACUAGCAUACAACCUAGAUGCUAAAAAGUAUUCUGCUUUGCAUUGGGCAUGUUACAUGGGAAAUGAAAGUUGCACAGAACUUCUUCUUGAAGAAAAUUCACAAACUGCUUUGAAUGGAAAUCCUUUUUCACCUAUUCAUUGUGCAGCAAUCAGGGGUAAUGAGGCAUGUUUAGAAGUUUUAAUCGAUGCGUUGGGUAAUGAUGUUAUAAAAUUAGUUGACUCAAAAGGAAGAACACCUCUACACGCUGCAGCAUUUAAUGACCAUACAGAUUUCAUUCAGUUGCUUAUUGAACGUGGUGCUGAUGUAAAUGCAAUAGAUAAGCACAAUCAAACUCCUAUAAUGAUUGCUUCAAAACAUGGAAAUUUUAACGCUCUCGAUGCUUUAAUGGAAAGUAAAGCAAACGUUAAUCUCGUUGACAAGGAUGGAAAUACGGUGUUACAUCUGUCUUGUAUGAAUAAUCAUCAGACGUGCGCAUUACACGUUCUUGAACGAAUUCAAGAUCAGUAUGUUAGUUUUCCAAAUUCACUCGGGUUGACUCCAUUACAUAUUGCCGCUAGACAAGGAUUAUCCAAUGUUGUGUGUGGCUUAGUAGACAGAGGGGCAAAUAUGCACACAGAAUGCAAACAAGGUAAUUUACCAAUACUCUAUUGUGCUUCCGACAAGAACACUCGUGAAUGUCUUCGAAUUAUUCUCUCUGCAAUGAUUCUUUCGAAUGACUUAUCUUCGAUGAUAUCAAGAACAUCUAUUUCUCGAACUGAUCAAGAAGAAAUAAAUGCGGAUUAGUAGAUGAUCGUACAUUCGUCUACUCCGUCAUAUUUACGCGCCAAUAAUAAAUAGUUGCUAUAUUCUUGCGAAACGCUCGUGUAUAUCUUUUUUAUAAAUGCUGGGUUUUUUAAAAAGCAUAGUUUUAUUUUCUGAAUACUUUUACUAGUAAAUGGUUUGCAUGUAUUUAUUGGUUUA